ACACACACAGUGAUGCAAAUACCUAUUUGAGCCGCUCAGCUAUUUUUCUCUCAAGGGCUGGAGCCAGGAGGAUAGAGGAGGGAACUGGAGGAGCAGAUCUUUUAAGAAAGAAGACAGAUUCUGUUCUGUCAGGUUCCUCUGAGUAUGUGUAAGAGCGAGUCAGAGGAGAGAGAGAGAGAGAGGAGAGAGGAAAAGGCAGAGGGAGAGAGGGGGAGAAGGGAUCUGUUGCAGGCAGGGGAAGGCGUGACCUGAAUGGAGAAUGCCAGCCAAUUCCAGAGACACACAGGGACCUCAGAACAAAGAUAAGGCAUCGCUGACACCACACCGGGGACGAGCUCACAGAGCAGUCAGGCCGGGGGGACCAAGGCCAGGCAGCCAGGAGCACCCGAGGCAGGAAAAUGAGGUGGCUCCUUCUCUAUCAUGCUCUCUGCUGCUUCUUGCUGAAGGCUUCGGCUCACAUUGUGGAGCUUAACAAUAUGUUUGGCCAGAUCCAGUCACCUGGCUAUCCAGACUCCUAUCCGAGUGAUUCAGAGGUGACCUGGAAUAUCACUGUCCCGGAGGGAUUUAGGAUCAAGCUUUACUUCAUGCACUUCAACUUGGAAUCCUCCUACCUUUGUGAAUAUGACUAUGUGAAGGUAGAAACUGAGGAUCAGGUGCUGGCAACCUUCUGUGGCCAGGAGACCACGGACACAGAGCAGACCCCCGGCCAAGAAGUGGUGCUCUCCCCUGGCUCCUUCAUGUCCAUCACUUUCCGGUCAGAUUUCUCCAAUGAGGAGCGAUUCACAGGCUUUGAUGCUCACUACAUGGCUGUGGAUGUGGAUGAGUGCACGGAGCGAGAGGACGAGGAGCUGUCCUGUGACCACUACUGCCAUAACUACAUAGGUGGCUACUACUGCUCCUGCCGUUUCGGCUACAUCCUCCACACAGACAACAGGACUUGCCGAGUGGAGUGCAGUGACAACCUCUUUAUCCAGAGGACCGGCGUGAUCACCAGCCCCGACUUCCCCAACCCCUACCCUAAGAGCUCCGAAUGCUUCUACACAAUCCAGCUGGAGGAGGGCUUCAAGGUCAGCCUGCAGUUUGAGGACAUUUUCGACAUUGAGGACCAUCCUGAGGUGUCCUGCCCCUAUGACUACAUCAAGAUUAAAGCUGGUCCAAAAGUUUGGGGGCCCUUCUGUGGAGAGAAAGCUCCGGAAUCCAUCAAUACCCAGAGCCACAGCGUCCAGAUCCUGUUCCGCAGUGACAACUCGGGGGAGAAUCGAGGCUGGAGGCUCUCAUACAGGGCGACAGGGAACGAGUGUUCAGAUCUACAGCCUCCGGUCCAUGGGAAAAUCGAGCCCUCGCAAGCCAAGUAUUAUUUCAAGGACCAGGUGCUCGUCAGCUGUGACACAGGCUACAAAGUGCUGAAGGAUAAUGUGGAGAUGGACACAUUCCAGAUUGAAUGUCUAAAGGAUGGGACCUGGAGUAACAAGAUCCCCACCUGUAAAAUUGCAGACUGUGGAGCCCCAGCAGAGCUGGAACAUGGGCUGGUCACCUUCUCCACCAGGAACAAACUUACCACAUACAAAUCUGAGAUCAGAUACUCCUGCCAGCAGCCCCACUACAAGAUGCUCCACAACAUCACAGGUAUAUAUACAUGUUCUGAGCAAGGAGUCUGGAUGAAUGAAGUACUGGGGAGAAGCCGGCCCACCUGCCUGCCAGUGUGUGGUCAGCCCUCCCGCUCCCUGCCAAACCUGGUCAAGCGGAUCAUUGGGGGCCGGAAUGCCGAGCCGGGCCUCUUCCCAUGGCAGGCCCUCAUAGUGGUGGAGGAUACCUCGAGGGUGCCAAAUGACAAGUGGUUUGGGAGUGGGGCCCUGCUCUCUGAGUCCUGGAUCCUCACCGCAGCCCAUGUGCUGCGCUCCCAGCGCAGAGAUAACACAGUGACACCGGUCUCCAAGGAGCAUGUUACCGUCUACCUGGGCUUGCAUGACGUGAGGGACAAAUCGGGGGCUGUCAACAGCUCAGCUGCCCGAGUGGUGCUCCACCCAGACUUCAACAUCCAGAACUACAACCACGACAUAGCUCUGGUGCAGCUGCGGGAGCCCGUGCCCCUGGGACCCCAUGUCAUGCCCAUCUGCCUUCCGAGGCCUGAGCCCGAAGGCCCUGCACCCUAUAUGCUGGGCCUGGUAGCCGGCUGGGGCAUCUCCAAUCCUAACGUGACGGUGGAUGAGAUCAUCAGCAGUGGCACGCGGACCUUGUCAGAUGUCCUGCAAUACGUCAAGUUACCUGUGGUGCCGCACGCCGAGUGCAAAACCAGCUAUGAGUCCCGGUCGGGCAACUAUAGCGUCACAGAGAACAUGUUCUGUGCCGGCUACUAUGAGGGCGGCAAGGACACGUGCCUUGGAGACAGUGGCGGGGCCUUUGUCAUUCUUGAUGACUUGAGCCAGCGCUGGGUGGCCCAAGGCCUGGUGUCCUGGGGGGGCCCUGAAGAAUGUGGCAGCAAGCAGGUGUAUGGGGUCUACACAAAGGUCUCCAACUAUGUGGACUGGUUAUGGGAGCAGAUGGGCUCCCCGCAAGGUCUGGGGGAGCUCCAAGUGGAGCGGUGAGCUGACUGACUUCCUCAGGUCCUGCCUGCCUGCCCUGCCCCAGCCUGAGUAAGGCUGCACCACACACUUCCAACGGCACACUCCAUGUUAUUCACGAGACUAAAUGGAAUGGAACACGCUGCUCCCAGCCUCCCGAGACAGCCCCCCGGGACCCUGAGAGGCAACAGUGUGGUAUUGGGAAGAGUCUCUACACAAGAGACCCGUGUCCAUGGCCCUGGGCAAGUCCCUUCCCCUCUCUGGGCCUCACUCUCCCCAGCAAUACAAUGAGGGAGCUAGAUCUGGGGCCAACUCAGCACUCCUCUCCACCCCGUGGCCUUCUUCACUCCUAUUCAUUUAUCAAACCCAUUGCUGCCACUGUUGGUGUAACCGAGCUUGGACCUGGUUGUUAGGAAAUGUUUUCUUACAUUGAGCUGAAUGCUGAGUCCAUGUAUCUUCCCAGCUCUGCCCUCUGAGCACAGACAGGUCUAGUCCCUCUUCUAGGAGAACACCACACAGGUUUCGGGACACAGGGGUGAUACCCCAGAGGCCCCUCUCUCCUAGUGAAAUGCCUUAAGUAGUUUUGUCCCUGAGAUUUCUCUCCCAAAAGCUUCUUGCAGUCUAAGUCUUAUCCUUCAUGUUCCCUAUUAAAGGAAUUUCAAAGGAGAAAGAGAAAGCUAGGAUGGUUUGUGGUGACUGUGGGGGAGAACAAAAGCAGUGGGAGGCUCCCCAACCCCGCUAAAUUCCUACUGGCAACUCAGAACAGUAAUUUGGGCCCAUAUGUCACUCAAUACCAGCUGACAACAUGGAGUGUCCACAUCUGCCACUCCAGACAAGCACAAAGCAAACUUCCAGCCUUGAAAUGUAUUAUCUGAAAAGACUACUUGAGCCACAGCCUCAGGCCUGGAGACUCAGCUGGAUCCCGAGAAAAAGAAAAGGCCCACACUAUGCCCUGCUGUGCUUCUGGGCAGGAAAAUGGAAGAAAGGUGGGCUUAGGACGUUAGCAGUGACCUGAUCCAUCAGACUGAGCAGUGUGUCCACGAUCUGAGCUCUUCAGAGAAUCCACCAUGGAUUCUAGACAUCCAUCCAUGGAUGUUCAGAGAGAUCCACUCUUAUGGUUUCCAGGAACCAGAGUCAAGGGAAGCAGAAACUUGCUAGUGAAAGGAAGUGAGAAGAGAUGAAGAAACAAGGGUCCUGGGUUCUAGCUCUGGCUCUGCCUCUAACUGGCUGUAUAAACUUUGACAAAUCACUUUCCCUCUCUGGACCUCAGUUUCCCAAUCUUUAAAAGGAAGGCAUUAGAUCCCCCUCAGAGUCCUUCCAGCUCCAGCACUCAGUGCUUCCUAUUGUCAACAGCCUUUCCCUGGCCCACACCAGGCUGAUCAUCCUUCUUCUCCCUGGACCUCGCUCUCCUGGGGAUUCUCCAUCAGAGAAAGGCAGCCAGGGAAACCCUGAGAGGGAUUCCAAGAAAACAAGUGGGAACUGUCCCCUUUUCCAGUCAGUUCAUGAAAACACACUCCUAUGUCUAUGAACAGUGCGUGUAAAGGAUGCUAUAUUUUGUAUAUUUUCUAUCACAAGCUUCACUGCUCUGUCAGGGGCCUCUGGCACUCCGUUUCUCCUGUCAGGGGUCUAACAUGGAAAUAAACCCUCUGUGGAUAAUCAACA